ACAAAAAGUGCAGGGCAUGGGGGCCUCCAGGACAGGUUUGGGAAGCACUGCUCUAGCGUUUCCUGAAUACUGGCUAGCUCGUGGUUUACACGGCCGAGAGCCACAUGAUCAGCUGUGAUAGUGAGGAAACCAAAACCUCAAGCUAGCUUUUGCGCAAUUCUUUUCCUGUUUACGAGUUGAGUGUACCAUGAUGAGAAUUAAUCUCAAUUGCGUUCAUGUAAAGACCCUAAAUACUAUCUGUUCUCAUAAUUCCCAACUAAUUGCAAGCCGAUAUGAAGAUAUGUAAAAAAUGUUGCCACUCAUAAUUCCAUUGAACUAAUUAUUCAGGGAAAAAAGCAUGGCUGUGAACAACUACAAGUAGAUCAGGUGUCAAGACGCUGUAGGUGUCGGAUUCGGAUUUAUGCCUUACUUCAGCUUUUUAUAGUGAUUUGAUACACCAAGAGUUAUUUGUCACGUCUCUGAAGCACCAAAAUAAAUUGGUAGGUGUCCUGAAGGCGGGCUGAGUGCAGGGUUCAGUGGAGUCUCAACCCCUCUGUCAUGUCAGCGUGCACAUUGCUGCUGGUGUCUCAGGCAGGCUGUGGGCUCAACAAACCCCUUCAGCCUUGCGCGGCUCCUCUGCCAAUGCAGAUCUCUGACUCUCCUUGCAGGCUCCCUGGAGAAAGCAAACCUAUGGGAGAAUGUUUGGAGUGUUUCCCUUCUUCUGACCUUUGCCAGUGUUUUGAAGAACGGAUGUCUUUUGCCGAAAGCAACAUUACUAAGUACUUGGAAUCCUCUGCCUUUUUUAAAAGCGAGCACUCCGAAGUAAACAUGCCAGCUGAACUAUGCUUUGGCCAUUCUGAGGUCUCUGGACAAGGAGAUCCUAAAAAGGAAAACCAGUCUUUGGAACAUGCUGCAGAACUGUGCACAGAACAAGAAGCACUUUAUGAAUCCACAGCACACCAAAACGCCAUCGAGGUGAAAGAGGCUGAUGGGCUUUGCUUUGAAAAUGGUCAAAUCAAUGGUGAAUUUUCAUAUCGGUCUUGUUCAUCUGGAUACAGCUCUUUGUUGGACAGCUGCUCUGAGCACAGUGAGUGUUUUGAAAUAAGCAGUUCUUCAGUUGACUUGGUUGAAAUAAGCCAAAAUGCACUUAGCAUUGCAUUUGAGCGAAGUGAUCAAAGUGAGAUUUCUGAACAUGAUGCCGAACAGUUAACUUUAUCUGAGAUGAGCCUAGAUGAUUGUGAGUCUUUUCAACAAGAUGAUGCAGAACAACAACAUGAUGCAGAACAGAUCAUUUUAACUGAGAUGAGACUAGGUAGUUGUGACUCUUUUGAACAACAUGAUGCAGUACAGUUAAACUCAUUUGAGAUGAGAUCAGACUUUUGUGUGUUUAAUCUGCAAGAUGAUGUAGAACCGGUAAAGUUUAGCCCAGAAUGUUUUCACCAUGAUAAUACGGAAGAAAUCAUUUCGUCCGAGAUGAGCCUAGAUGAUUGUAAACCUUUACCACAAGAUGAUGCAGAACUAGUAACGGAGGGAGAUCUUUGUGAUUCCUUUCCACAAGUUGAUGUUGAGUCCUUACAAUUAGAUCCGUCAGAUCAUGAAAUGCUUUCUGAAUAUGAUGGAGAAUAUCAGGAACAGUACAGCAAGUGUGAAAACAGCAGUCCUGAUGACAGUAUAUCUGAUCAAAAUGGUGUAGUUGAACUAGAUUCUGAAGACUGCGAGACAUCUAAACAGGCUGAACCUAACAAUCAGAACAAGCUUGAUAAAUACCAUGCCACACAUUUUGAAUCCCCUGAACUGUGUCAGGACUCUAAAGAAAGUAAGCCAUCUGACCACUGUGUGUCCCUUGAGCACACACAGCUUACUGGGCAAAUGGACACCGCUGAUGACAGAGUUCUGCUAAACAGCCUAGAUGAUUGGACUUGUUCAUCUGAGACCUUUGAUUGUAGUUGGACCUUUGACUCCCCAACUAAAGGGCAUCAAGACUGUAACCGACUCUCUGAGCACAGCGAAUCCUCUGUAUGUUUUAAGGUUUUAGAGCAAUGCACAAGCUGUGGAACGUACUUUGAGAAAUGUUAUGUGCGUGAACAGUGCACUCCCACUGUGCCCACUGACCAUUCUGAGGGCUCACAUCAGAGCAGACUAGCAGAAGAGUCUUCAAGAACACACAGCUCUGUCUUUCACAUCCCUGAAGUAACCAAAGAAAAUUUGCCUAAUCAUAGCAGCAGAACUGAGGUUAGGAAACCAUCUCAGUCCGAUGCCAUAUUUUCUGGAUCAAUGGAAACCUUUGAGGCUCGGUGGCUUUCUCAGUUUCUUACUGAUCUUUUGAGGCAUAAUAAGGAGACUUCAAGUCUUGCUGCUGAAAUGAGUGAGUCAAAUAGAGAGGUAGAAACCCCUGAAGUCAUAGAUUGCAAGCGUGAAGUUCAAGCUUUGGAUAUCUGUAGGAAGCUCUGUAAAAAGUGUGAUGAGUUGGAGAACGGGAAACGUUGUAAUGAUGAAACUCCUCGAUCUUUUCAACUUGAUGAGGAGGAGGUAAAGUUUGAACACCACUCGAAUGUGGACAUCUCCCUGGAUGCAGUGACCACAGCAGCAGGUUCUUCAGAUGAGUCGAGCGAGGAGGAGUAUGGUGACUGCAUGGAUGGUAAAAGUCAAGGUAGCUCUGAAACUGAAUCAUUCAAAAGUUUUGUUGAGUCAGAAUCGUUUGAAAUCUUCUCAGAUCAACCAUGUGAUAAGGAAAAUCUUACAGAGGAUGAUGAGUCCUUGAUUCAAAUCCUACAGCCAGAUGAGUACCCUGAUGAAGGUAAGGAUAAGAUAAGAUAUACACAGCAAAUGUUAGGUGCUUGUGAAGAAGCGUGUGAGAUUGAUUCUGAGCGACAAGUGACAGGAAAGGAAAGCAGUAAAACGUAUGCUGAAGCUGUAGCUGUUGGACUCAACCUGGGUCAGAUCCAUGAAUGUGCCAAAACAGAUGAGGUCCUUGAAGCUGUAGAUUAUGGGCCUGGUUUUAUGGAUGAAUGCUUCUUGUAUUCUGAGGGCAGGUAUGAUGAACUUUGCCACAAAAAUGAAGCGGUCAUUGAACCCCAUGUAGAUAUGGAUGUGCAAGUGUCCUGUGUUGCAGCUGUUCAAGCUUAUGGACUUGAAGAAGUGGUUGAAAAUGCUUUCGACAGUAUAUCUGAUGAUUCCACGGGAUUGUGUGCUGUGAAGGACACAUUUCAAGGAGCUGAUACUUCAGAAUCUCCUGUUGAAGAAAGUACAUUGUCGGAAACUGAGGUCAGUCAGGGUUUAACUGAAAAUUACACUUCCGAGAUCACAGAAAAUGUACAAGAUCUCAGUCCUGUGGUUGAAAUCGAUGAAAUCAAGGAGACACACUCUGACUUUGAUGAAACUGAGGGGGCUCAUGGACCUUGUUGUGGAGAGAUUGAAACUACCGAAGAUGAAGAAACAAACCUUUUUGACUUUGAGGAUGUUGUAGGAAAUUCUGGGGAACAUGAAGAAGGUAAAGAAACCCCAACUGCUGAUCAGCUGGUCUCUUGUGCCUUUGGGGAGCAGUCAAACGCAGAGACUGGCACUCUUUGUGUAUCAGAUGGUCAGCAAGAGGCCAACACCGAGCCAAAAGACCCCUGUGGGCUUCUUGAUCCUCCUGGAACAGAUGGUCUGUCUGAGCAGCACCAGAAAAAUGAAAAAUUAGAGGAACUUGUACAUCAAGUUGCAAGAAAUGAAGCAUCUGAACAAGACACGUCAUUUAAGUCCGACCAAAAAAACAUUGAACAGAGUCAUUCUUAUGAGGAGAGUGAUGUAUCUGAAGAUGAAGAGUACCCAGAGGACUGUGAUUGUGAAUUCUGUCUUCCGCCCAUAGAUCAGGUCCCAGCCAAACCACUUCUUCCACAGAUAAAGUCUAAAGAUAUAGGGAAGAUCUGUGUAGUCAUUGAUCUGGAUGAAACACUAGUCCACAGUUCAUUCAAGCCGGUAAACAAUGCUGACUUUAUCAUUCCAGUGGAAAUUGAUGGAACAGUACAUCAGGUGUAUGUGUUGAAGAGACCUCAUGUUGACGAGUUUCUCAAACGGAUGGGUGAACUGUUCGAGUGUGUGUUAUUCACUGCAAGCUUAGCCAAGUAUGCUGAUCCCGUCUCGGAUCUGCUGGACAAGUGGGGAGCUUUCCGAAGCCGUCUUUUCCGGGAAUCUUGUGUGUUCCACCGUGGAAAUUAUGUCAAGGACCUAAGCCGUCUAGGCAGGGAUCUUAACAAAGUCAUCAUUGUGGACAACUCGCCAGCCUCCUACAUCUUCCACCCAGACAAUGCUGUACCUGUUGCCUCCUGGUUUGAUGACAUGUCUGACACAGAGCUGCUGGAUCUCAUCCCUUUCUUUGAGAGACUGAGUAAAGUGGAUAAUGUCUACACUGUGCUGAAGCAGCAGAGGACUACUAGCUAGCACAACACUAAGGGCAGCUGUCACUAUGGGGCCAGGGAGGCCGCUGGGCUUGGAGCAGCACACUUCUUCCCCCUAACAGGACCAGCCACUAGCUCAGUCCUCAUCACCUACCCAGAAUUCCAUUCAUAUGAUGUUUGAUAGAGAAAAAGAAGUUGAAUGACACAACUGUGAAGGACUGCUUUAGCUAUUACAUGCAUUCAAUAAGAAGCUGAUUGUUUAAACACUCAGUUGCGUGAAUCUCAGGAAAGCAGGCAAGACCAUAUUUCACCCUGAAAAAUCAAUUAAUAGAAAUGAUUUUUUCUUAAAGGAAAUGAAAGAGAUGCUUUUUUGCCUUUGUGACAUUAUUUUGACAAUUAAGCACAAUCCCUCUUUUUUUUUUUUUCAUAAUGCAAAAAUUCUAACUUAUAUUUACUGUAAUGUGUAAAAAUAUAUAUAUAUUAUUUAAAUUGUAUUUAUAUAUUAUGGUUGUAUUUGUUGUACUGCCUUUAAUUUAUGCUUGUUUAUACGAAACAUACUGUAUUACAGUAAUCUAAUUUUAAAUAAUAAUGGAAAUUAAAAAAAAAAAGCUAAAGCAAAAUGUCCAGACGUAUUAUGGUAAUAAUGAGGGACAAAUUGUUUAAUUGUCAUCAAAUUAAUUUCACAAUGCAAAAAAAAAAAAAAAAGAUAAAAUAUGCUUUGUUUUCUAUAUGCAAAUAUCAUUUUAUAUUUAUUUUACUUUUGAUUUUAGGGGGCAAUGUGGCCUGGGCAUGUUUUCGUGCCAUUCACCCAAAAACGUGUUAUUCCUUCUUUGCAACUCUUUCCUUUUUAUGGUUGAGGGAAGCCCUGUUAAAAUGAAGUUGAUUGUCCUCUUUGGUUGGUGAUUUGAGAAGAUCAGUUUUUUUUUUUUAAGAAAAUGACUUCCUCUUCUUGGGUUUAUAUCUUGAGUUAAACUCCCUCAUUCCUUGCGUUUAUUGAGUUUACUUCAAGAUCUUACUUAAAGUGAGGACAAAACCAUGAAUGGCAAUCACAUGGAAUAAUAUGCUGUUUUUUUUUUUUAUCUAGCCAACUUUAUUGGACUCUAAAACAAGCUUUCAUUAUCCCUUUUUUUUUUUUUUUUUU